AUGAUGUUCAAGUCCACCACCGCGGCCAUCCUGCUCUUCGGAGCUGCUGCUGCCACUCCCAUCUUCGGCCGGGAGGAGCCCAGCCAGACCAAGUCCGCUCCCCAGUCCACGCAGACCAACACCGUCUACGACUGGGCCGAUGGUUGGGCCAAGGAGUAUCCUAUCCACCAGUCCUGCAACGCGACUCUUCGUCGUCAGUUAACCACUGCUCUGGAUGAGACCGUCCAGCUGGCUCAGCACGCCAAGGACCACAUUCUUCGCUACGGACACAAGUCUGAGUUUGUGCAGAAGUACUUUGGCAACGGCUCGACUGCUCAGCCUAUUGGUUGGUAUGACCGCGUUAUCAACGCCGACAAAUCUGGCAUGCUCUUCCGUUGCGAUGACCCUGACAAGAACUGCGCCACUCAAGACCAAUGGGCUGGCCACUGGCGAGGAGACAACGCCACCACUGAGACUGUCAUCUGCCCUCUCUCGUUCGAGAUCCGCCGCAGUCUCGACUCAGUCUGCGGUCUUGGCUACACCGUCGCCCAGUCCAAGCUCAACACCUACUGGGCAACUGAUCUUCUGCACCGUGUCCUCCAUGUCCCCACUAUUAGCGAAAAGACCGUCGACCACUUCGCCGAGGACUACGCCGAGGUUCUGGCCCUCGCCAAAUCUGAUCCCGAAAAGAGUGCCAUCGACAGCGACACUCUUCAGUACUUCGCCAUUGACGUCUACGCCUACGACAUUGCUGCCCCCGGCGAGGGAUGCACUGGCGAAGUUGAGGAGGAAGAGGAGAAGAAGGAGACUCCCACUAAGAGUGAGACCGCGAAGCCUAGUGCUACCAAGGAGGCUCCCAAGGAGUGCCACACCCACGACGAUGGAGUUGUUCACUGCUCUUAA